AUUGCACAACUUUGACUCCAACAGAAACUUGGUACACGUUGCACUUGAUCAUUGCUAUUCGGUUACUGCGCUGAGCAUUUCCACCCUGCCCGGCUCAAAGCCAUCUCAUGAGUAUGAAGUGAAUUGAUGCAGAGGAAGACAUCGUUCCACAGCAGCACUCACUCAGACGGCAGACGGUACUUUGGCCUGAAGAUGGAUUCUGCACACACCACAAUCGCGUACACAUCAGAACAAGCUACAACGGACAACAGAAUGAACUCCAACUCCAAGUACAACGCUGUUCUCACCGCCAUCUACUGCGUGGUUCUGCUCUCCGGCACCGUCAGCCUGAGCCUGAUGACGCACAUCAUGAAGUCCAGCUCCACGUCCAUCACCUCCAUCGCCGUGCUCAACCUCAUCUUCACCCACUUCAUCUUCCUCUUCACCGUCCCCUUCAGGAUUUACUACUACGUGGGCGGCUCCUGGGACCUGGGCGAAUGGUGGUGCAGCACGGUCAGCGCCAUGAUCCACAUCCACAUGUACAUGUCUUUCCUCUUUUACGUCAUCAUCCUCAUCAUGCGCCUCAUAGUGUUCUACCACAAGCGCGAGAAGGCCGACGCCUUCCACCGGGUCCACGCGCUCGUCUUCUGCACCGUGGUGUGGCUGACGGUGCUCGUCGCCGUCCCGUGUGUCACCACGUUUUACUACCGCAAGAACAACGCCACGAGUGACAACAACACCUGCUUCACCUUCGGCAAGACAAUACAAGAUUACCAGACCAUCAAUUACAUCAUAAGCAUCGUAAUCGUCGUGGUGACAGCGGUGCUGACAGGUCUCCAGGCCAACGUGCUGAGGGUCUUAUACAAGACGCAUCAUCAGGGCUGCACCUCCCAGCAGGACUUCGGGGUUCAGCUGAAGAGCCUGGGCUUUGCCCUCAUCAUGACCGUCUGCUUCAUCCCCUACCACAUGUUCCGCUUUUACUACAUAGAACACAGCAAUGAUUCCGAGCUGGAGAACAUCAACGAGGUGUUCCUCACGCUGACUACAUUCAACUGUUUGGACAUGCUCACGUUCUUGGGGAGGAGAACCUGCUACAGCUGCUUCCUGAGAGAGGCUUGACCGCAGAUGCAGUUCACAUCUGUGAAGGUUCUCAUGCGUCCAGGUCCUGUUUAUCUCAGGCUUGCUGUUCGGGGACAACUAUACUUGGAUCAGGAAGACAAAGCAAAUGAGCGUCUCUAGGAAAAACGCCUUACUUUGCUGUUCUUCAGCGCUUUAAAAAGUACUGCUGCAGCUCGUUGAAUGCAAACAACACACGUAAUGAGUAAUGCACAAACUCUGGCUACUUUAAUACAUUUUGUUAGUUAUUAUCACAUUUUCUUUUUUAUUUAUUUUUCAUAUUGUACUUUCUGAUAUAACUUACUUUUAUGUUUUCCAUAUUACUUUUUUAGGCAGGAAACAGGAAGUACAGGCAUAAAUGCUAUGACAUAAAAGUAAGGUCAAUGCAAUAUCAACAGUAUUAGUGUCAAACUGAAUGUCACUUACUGUUGUUUGUAUAUACUGUACAGGCUUUGAUUUACUAUAUGUAUUAUGAGAUCAUCAAACUCAUCAUUUUUCAUGUAUUCACUGUAUGUACUGUAUAUUUGUGUUUGCUAUGGUCCCUCCCCUGCGUGCAUACAUAGCUGGAAUAUGCUGCUUCAUUGUUGAGAAUAGAAAUAAAUGUCUAAACAUUG